AUGGAGAUGCGGAACUUUCUGAAGUUUUUGAUAUUAUGGUGUUUACCAUUGUGUCGAGGUUUAGGUUUGGAUCAAUGGGGGAACCAUUUCUAUCUCAGUUUCCUGGUGAAUGUUCAAAAUUCCGAUUAUAUUUAUUUGAACGUGAUAGUAAUAACGACCAGGGAGCAAACCACUGUUAGAAUAAAUCUGAACAAAUUAAAUACACCCGUCACAGAAAUAACAUUGGCUCCAGGUCAAUCAUACAACCUGGUUUUAGAUGAGAGUUAUAAAGCCGUACCAGUUCUUGAAGUUAUACCAAAAAAGGCUGUUGUGAUCACCUCCUCGGCCCCGGUGUCUGUUUAUGGGUUCACUGGACGUCAAACGUCGAAUGAAGGUUACUUAACUCUUCCAGUACCUUCCCUUGGAAAACAAUAUAUAGUGGUGAAUUACGAGAACGGAAGACCCCAAAUUGUAGUGAUAGCCAUCGAAGACGGGACAACAGUUACUAUAACACUAAAGGGAGAUAAUAAAUGUUUUUAUAUUAACGGUUUUAAAGAUUACGUUGACGGAUAUGCGUUCACAUUUACCAUGAAUGACGCAGACGUGGUUAAUAUAUAUUGUCUGUAUGACUCUACUGGCUCGAUAGUGGCGUCUAACAAGCCAGUAGCUAUGCUUUCGGGGAAUAGAUGUGCCGACAUACCAUCGCAGUCUCGGUGUGAUCAUUUAGUCGAAAUGCUGCCCCCCGUUUCUGAACUAGGAACAAAAUUUAUUGUCGUAGCUCCUGAUUUUCAAACAUACAAUGCCGCAAUGAGAGUUGUUGCGACUCAAUCUUCAACUACGUUUACAAUAAAAGGUAUAGAUUAUGUACUGGGUAACAGUGACUUCCAGGAGUUGUCGUUGAUAAAAGGGGAAGUAGUGUGUUUUACUAGUAAUAAGCCUGUGUUAGUAGUUGUAUAUAUGGGUGGUAAGGACGUCGAUAACGGAAUUGAUACUUAUUAUCAUGGAGAUCCAUUGAUGAUGGUUGUCCCCCCUGUUGAUAAAUAUACCACUCAGUACGUCAUGGAUUCGGCACAACUCAAUUACAAUAACAUAUACGCCAUAUUGGUUUCACAGAAAGAGAGCACCAAUCUUAUUACACCUUCUGUUACUUCCGGGUGGAGUGACGUUUGCUCUGAUCAUGCAUACGUCAUUAAGAGUGUGAGUGGAUUUGUGUCAUAUGAAUCUAGUGAUAGUUUAAUGGUCUGGAUGUACGGAACUGAAAUUAGAGGAGGUUUUGGUUUUCCAGGUGGCUUCGGCCUUUCAGAUUACUCAGGUGUCAACGAAUGUGCUACUAAUCCAUGUCAGAAUGAUGGUUGGUGUUUAGAAGUAGGAACGACAACUCGUUGUAACUGUGGUUUAGAAUAUACAGGAAGUUUGUGUGAAACAGUUAUCACAACAACAGCAGAGCCUAGUACAACUACAGAGCCUAGUACAACUACAGAGCCUAGUACAACUACAGAGCCAACUACAACUACAGAGCCUACUACAACUACAGAGCCUACUACAACUACAGAGCCUAGUACAACUACAGAGCCAACUUCAACUACAGAGCCAACUACAACUACAGAGCCAACUACAACUACAGAGCCUACUACAACUACAGAGCCUACUACAACUACAGAACCUAUUACAACUACAGAGCCUACUACAACUACAGAGCCUACUACAACUACAGAGCCAACUACGACUACAGUGCCUACUACAACUACAGAGCCUAGUACAACUACAGAGCCCACUACAACUACAGAGCCUACUACAACUACAGAGCCUACUACAACUACAGAACCUACUACAACUACAGAGCCAACUACAACUACAGAGCUUACUACAACUACAGAGCCUACUACAACUACAGAGACUACUACAACUACAGAACCGACAACAACUACAGAGCCAACUACAGCAGAACCUACUACAUCUACAGAACCUACUACAACUACAGAACCGAAUACAACUACAGAACCGAAUACAACUACAGAACCGACAACAGAACCCACUGCAAGUACAGAGCCGACUACAACUACAGAACCGAAUACAACUACAGAACCGAAUACAACUACAGAACCGAAUACAACUACAGAACCGACAACAGAACCCACUGCAAGUGCAGAGCCGACUACAACUACAGGGGCGACUACAACUACAGAACUGACAACAACUACAGAACUAACCACUGAUGAGGCCAAUUUCAAGCCAAUAUUUCACAAACCAUGUAAGCUGGGUUCAUGUCAGUGCGCUUGUCCUUGUAAAAUAGGAACCGUGACGAAACUAGAAAGAGUACAAAAUGCGAGUAAACAAAUUGCUAAAAAACUAAUUUUACCGAAACAAACUUUAUCAAAGACUAAACGAACGAAGACAUCCGUAUAUAAUACAAACCAAACAGAAGAAACUCUCGGUAUUUCAUCGUUUGUAUUUCUGGGGUUAUUUCUCUUGGUGUUUUUAUUGUUGGAUAUUCCUGUGAAUAGAAUAGUGAACUGGAUUCAGAUGAUAGGAUCAGGAAGAACUAGAAAACGACUGAAUCAGGCAAAUGAUUCCAACCAUAGACGACAAUAUGUCUCAGACUAA